AACCCUGGCAUAAGAACCUAGUGGGGGUUGGGGAGAAGAGGGAUGGGCAGAGAAAAGGGCUGUAAGAUUAAGGGAAGUACUGAGGAGACUGGAACAAAGAUCGGGACAUGGGGUCUUGCCUCUCUAAUGAAAACACCAAAGUAGCUAACGUGGCUAAAGAAAAAUUGAAGAAUAGCAAGAUCAUCUUUGUGGUGGGGGGACCAGGCUCAGGGAAGGGGACCCAAUGUGAGAAGAUUGUUGAGAAGUAUGGCUACACACAUCUAUCCACUGGAGAUCUCUUGAGGGAAGAAGUCAGCUCUGGCUCUGAAAGGGGCAAGAAAUUGUCAGAAAUCAUGGAGAAAGGAGAACUGGUACCCUUGGAUACGGUAUUGGAUAUGCUCAGAGACGCCAUGGUUGCCAAGGUUGAGACAUCCAAGGGCUUCUUGAUAGAUGGUUACCCUCGGGAAGUGAAACAGGGAGAAGAAUUUGAAAAGAAGAUUGGCACCCCUACACUGCUGCUCCACAUAGAUGCUGCCGCUGAAACUAUGACGGAAAGGUUGCUGAAAAGAGGGGAGAGCAGUGGCCGUGUAGAUGAUAAUGAAGAGACCAUCAAGAAACGUCUGGAAACGUACUACAGUGCCACAGAGCCAGUCAUCAAAUUUUAUGAGGGUCGGGGUAUUGUCCGCAAGAUCAAUGCAGAAGGCUCAGUGGACAGUGUCUUUGAAGAAGUCUGUACCCAUCUGGAUGCCCUGAACUAAUGGGGUUUGAAAAAUCCUGUCAUCUCCCCUAUUUCAGAGAAACUCAUCUCUCCCACUCCUCCAACCCCAAGGCAGGAGCCGAUGCCCCUCCUGCUUGCCCUUCCUAGCUCCUCCCCCACCUAGCUCUGAGCUCCGUGCUCAGACAGAGGAAGUGGCUUUAUCCUGUUUUCAUGGACGCAACUUCACUAAAGGAAUCUCCAAGGACA